AUGACGCAGGCGUCCAUUAACCUUGACUUGAACGAUGACGAUUCCAUCAAAGCGGCAGCCAAAACCGCCGCGGCCGGAAUGUUGAAAUAUUACACCGGCGACCAACCGGGAGAUGUACCAGGCAAUAUUCCCGAUCCAUACUACUGGUGGGAAGCUGGCGCGAUGUUUGGCGCAAUGGUCGAGUACUGGUACUACACGGGCGACGACAAAUGGAACAAGAUCACCACCCAGGCUCUCCUUCAUCAAGUAGGCGAUGAUAAUAACUACAUGCCUCGGAAUCAGACAUUGUCGCUUGGAAAUGAUGACCAGAUCUUUUGGGCCUUCGCGGCGAUGUCAGCUGCCGAACUCAAGUACCCCGAUCCACCCGAAGGUCAGCCGCAGUGGCUAUCUCUUGCGCAGAAUGUGUUCAAUUCGCAGGCUACACGUUGGGAUGAAAAGACCUGCGGUGGCGGUCUACAUUGGCAGGCCUUUGAGUAUAACAAGGGCUACUCGUACAAGAACACCAUUUCCAAUGGUGGGUUCUUCGAUGUCGCUGCACGAUUGGCAAGGUAUACUGGGAACAAUACCUUCACGGAAUGGGCCAACAAGGUCUGGGACUGGACUGAUUCGGUGGGAUUCAUUGGCAAGGAAUAUCAUAUCUUCGACGGUGCUGAGAGUGGAACCAAUUGCUCCGUCAUUAAUCACAACCAGCAUGCAUAUCUUCCUGCGGUAUAUCUUCAUGGAGCUGCCAAUAUGUACAAUAUUACAGAUGGAUCGGAUGUCUGGAAACAGCGGAUAGAAGGUAUCAUCAGCGGGCUGGGAACCUUCUUCCCCAACAACCAGGAUAUCAUGGCUCAAUCCUGCGAACCCAAGAGAUGCGAUCUGAACUCGCGGUCGUUCAAGUCUUAUUUGGCACGUUUCAUGGGAGCAACCAUCCCGCUGGCGCCAUUCACAGAACAGCUAUUAGGUCCAAAGAUCCGAACAUCAGCCCUGGCUGCCGCAGAACAGUGCAAUGGGCCCGAUAAUGCCUGUGGGCUGGUCUGGACCGAUCACACCGAGUACAAAAGCACCACUGGAAUUGGUGAGCAGAUGGCUGCGCUGGAGAUCUUCAAGGCCAAUUUGGUGCAUACCGUUAAGGCGCCUGUUACAGGGAAGAAUGGUGGCACAAGUAAAGGAAAUGAUGGACCGGAUGGGAGCGGCAGGUCGGGAGAUACAAAACAGGGUGAUAUUCGUACUCGCAAGAUAGACAGUGGAGACAAAGCUGGUGCAGGAAUAUUUGCUGCAUUGGCUGUUGUGAUGCCUAUUGGUGCUGCUGUAUUUAUGGUGAUGACUGCAUAG